GCUUGUUCUACAACAAAACGAAUGACACAAUAGAUUUACCUUUAUAAAGACGACGGUCGUUGGUAAGUACAGACAUGUUUGUGCUCGUGUGUUUAUUGUUGCUCGGAGUCGGCGUGACGCCGUCGCCGACGUCGGAUUGUCACCAUCUGCAGUGUGGCUUCCACGGCUACUGUCAUACGGAGGCUAAAGGUGUCAUUACCAAAAGUUCGCUGCGAUUGCCAGAUAUCGAGAUCCCUCCAGAAGUUGUGGAGUUCAAAUUCCUUAUACCGGAUAGAUGCCAAGAAUGGGGUCGCGACCUAGCCGGAUGUGUUGUCCACGUGUGCGAUUCUGACUUAACGCCGACGCUGACUGUAAGUGCGAACGGCGUCGGCGUCGCCAAAAUGUUCCGUCCCGGCAAGCUGGCCAACCCUGCUUAUGUAUACAUGACUCAAUACUGCAUCUGAUCAAUUAAAACGCUAGUAGGUACCUUUAAACUAGUAGUUCGCCCCGAACUGAGAAGUGAAAACUCACAAUUGAAUGCAAAGAACCUAGUCGGCAAAGGAUCGAAAACCGCGUGCGAUUUAUUGCACGGUCUGUGGAGCCCUUAACUAAUAGAUUGAAGUCUAACAAAAGCUGACAAAAAGGGACUUCCACUUGUAUUACAAGCUACAAGCUUUUGAUAAACAGGCCCCAGUUCAAAACCAUCAAAUUAUUAUUAGAAUAGUUUGCAGUAUCUUGUAUGCUCGCUGCUCGUCACAUAAUACUAGACUUAUAUUGACCAGAAUAUAAAUAAAUAAAUAAAAUAAAAAAGCCUUUUAUUCCGACUCAUUAUCUAGUUUACCAUUUAGGGUUAAAUCUAAUUUAUAUUGAUUUUUAUUUGAAUGAGCGGACCUCCUUGUGAGUAAAGGCCUCUUCUAAUUUGCGCCAACUCUCUCUCUGUCUUGAGCCUUGGUGUGCCAGUUGACCGGGAUAUAGACCGUGAUUACCUUUUGUAUUGUU